AUUGUUUAUGCUCACAGCUGACAGCACAAAGUAAUGGUCUGCAAAAGUACAUGAAACUUGAAAGCUGAAAGGAACAGGAUCAAUGUAAGGAAACUGCGUCAGUUUAUGAAUCUUCAGCUCAGAACAGCAUCUUUACAGUUAACAACAAUGUCAUCUACUCAGCAAGGAAGAGGAAAGAUUGGAAUUAUUGGAAGUGGCCUGAUUGGACGAAGUUGGGCCAUGAUAUUUGUCAGCGCCGGAUACCGCGUCACAAUAUUUGACGUCAAAGAGUCACAGCUGACUGGUGCCAUGGUAGACAUUUCCAAUCAGCUCGCCGAGCUCCAGAAAUCGGGUCUGCUGAGGGGUACGCUGACCCCCGAACAACAGAAGGCGCUGAUCAGCGUGACCAGUGACCUGAAGGAGGCUGUCACAGGUUCCCUACAUGUGCAAGAAUGUGUGCCUGAGAAUGAGGAGUUGAAGAAGAAAGUCUUCAGCGAGGUGGAGCAGCAUGCUAGUGACGAGACCGUCCUCUGCAGUUCCGUCUCCUGCAUCGUGCCGUCCAAAAUCUUUGCGCAUCUCAGUCGGCGCGGCCAGUGCAUUGUGGCCCAUCCGGUCAAUCCACCUUACUACUGCCCUCUUGUUGAGAUUGUCCCUAGUCCUUGGACAGAGCAGGCCAUCGUCUCGCGCACCCGGGCCUUGCUGGAGGAAGUGGGCCAAGUACCAGUGACGGUGAAAAAAGAGAUUGACGGCUUUGCACUGAAUCGAAUGCAGUACGCCAUCGUCAAUGAAGCCUGGAGGCUGGUUGCGGAUGGAGUAAUGUCGGUCGAAGAUGUGGACAAAGUUUUCACUGCGGGAUUGGGAAUGCGCUACGCUUUCUGUGGACCAUUUGAAGUCAUUCAUCUCAAUGCUGAAGGUACUGCCAGCUAUCUGGAGCGUUACGGCUCCACCAUACAUCGCGUAACGUCAACAUUUGGACCGCUUCCGCAAUUCACUGGUCCGGCCUACGAUGCCAUUGUGAGGGACACUGAUGCCCACUACCCACUGGACAAACUCCAAGAGAUCCGGCAGUGGCGCGACACCAGGCUGACGGCUUUGGCCAAACUCAAGAAAGAUCAGGAGGCCCAAAAGCCACAUUAACCAAUUUGCAUUGGUUUUUUUGGCAUCAUAGUAAUGCAUGGUGUCACAGGCAAUGUGAUUUGUGGCUUACCUCAACCGACAGAUUCAAUUAGAUCACAGUAUUAUUUUUCAAAAUCCUUAAAAUUUUCUGUCACGUUUAAAUGGCAUUCUUUAAAGUAGACUUGAGGGACAGUUAUUAGACAUUCAUGUUUUUGUUAGUGCCGUCAACAAAACAGCCUGGCUGCAUUUAUUUAUAAAUGAACCACUGCUGUCAUACAACGGAGUACAGGGUUUAGUGGGCAAUUAAACACUGUCAGUUUCUGAGAUGAUUUCAAGUCUAUUUUAAAGUGCACCCCUAAGUCAUUCAAAAGUGCAAAAUAAGUACCCAGGUAAUGAACUCUUUGUGUUCGGGAGAUGUCGAUUGAUGGGCUGUAGCCUGAGGUGCAUUGUGCUUAAUACAUUGCACUGGUGAAAGAGUAACCAAUUACUCAAUUCAGUUUGCAUUUUUGAAUUAUCGAAAAGGGUUUGUAUCUUAAAGGGUAACAUUAUUUGGGCAAUAUUUUGGACCCCCAAACAAAGACGAAACAGGAACCAUAACCAUGAUAUCUUGGAAUUUUGCGAACAAUCAUUACUAUUGCUUAGUUAAAAAUCGGAGUUUGACUGUGUUGACAAAUUAUUCCGUGAUUUCAAACAACGUAACCGACCUCCGUUUCAACAUCUAAAGUCACUCUUCAGAAUUUGAAUAAAGUAAUAAAAUGAUAUGCUAUUUUUCCAAAUAUAA